AGAGAUGGCUCUUCUAUUGGAGCACCAGUUCAGACAGCUGCCUGCUGACAGACAGGUGGAAACAAGACCGUUUCUGGAGGCUGUGUCAUACCUUCCACCAUUCUUUGACUGCCUUGGUUCUACUAUCUUUGCACCAUUAAAGGCGGACUUAUCAAGUAACAUCACGAAAAUCAAGGCGAUUUACGAUACAAACCCUGGACGGUUCAAGACACUGCAGCAGAUUCUGGAAGCAGAGAAGGAAAUACAUGGAGCAGAAUGGCCCAAAGCUGGAGCCACAUUGGCCCUUUUGUGGCUGAAAAGGGGUCUACGAUUUAUUCAAGUCUUCCUACAGAGCCUGGUGGAUGGUGAAAAGGAUGAUAGCAACCCAAACCUCAUUCGAGUCAAUGUAGCCAAAGCCUAUGAAAUAGCCCUGAAAAAGUACCAUGGCUGGUUCGUGCAGCAGCUCUUCAAGGCAGCUCUUUUCGCUUCUCCAUAUAAGACCGAUUUUAUGAAGGCCCUUUCCAAGGGUCGGGAUGUCAAGGAAGAGGAAUGCUUGGAAAAAAUCAGAAAAUUCCUCAUCAACUUCACUGCCACUGUUGAUGCUAUUUAUGAUAUGUACACUAAGCUGAACGCUGAACUUGACUACACAGUGUGACCGCAGGACGUUCCUCCACUGAUCUUAAUUUACAAAGCCUUUCACUGUCUGCAGCCUGUAGUCUAAAUCUUGACAUCAUGUCUCCCUUCAGCUCAUCUGACAGUACUGAAUAAUACUCAAAUAUUUGUCUACUUUUAAUCAUCCGUGUUCCUGUUCUGGAUUUCUCUUUACGCAUUCUUCCCUGUUGUUUGACUAUGAGGCAAGUCUCCCUAAGCAGCUGCAGAAUAUUAUUACAACAGGUCUAUUAUUUGGGGGGAUUGGAUUGUACAUAUUAGUUUUGAAUGAACAAUUUUAAUAUUAUACUGUCCAAAGUUAUUUGUUUUUCAAGGCAUUAUUUUAAAAAAGCUAAACAUUU